UCCCCGCUCGGGCCGGGCUGUGGCGAUGCGGCCGGCGGGACGCGGCCGUGCGGAGCUGCUGGCCCGGCCGUGCCGCGGUGCGCACCCGGCCAUGCGGCCGUGCUGACCCGGCCAUGCGGCGGCCCUGCAAGGUGGCGGCGGCCCUGCUGUGCCUGGCCGUGCUGCUGCUGCUCUAUCUGCUGGCGGGCAGCGCGGCCCCGCCGCCCGCGCCCUCCGCACCCGCCCGCCGCCCACCGCGCCUCGGCCGGAGCCCCCCGAGGAGGAGCCCCGCGGGCGGCGGCAGCGCCAGCGCCAGGAAGCCUGGAGAGCAGAAACAUCCAAAGGAGCCCCCAUCCUUGCAGUGCAUGCAUCUGGCAGUGGUGGCAUGUGGGGACCGGCUGGAGGAGACCCUGAUCAUGCUGAAAUCAGCAGUUCUCUUCAGCAGCAGGAGGCUCUGCUUCCACAUCUUUGCUGAGGAUUCCCUUAAGCCUGAAUUUGAGACAAAGUUAAAGGAGUGGCCUUCCUCAUAUACAAAGAAGUUUGAGUCCAACAUUUACCCAAUAACCUUCUCAGUAGGAAAUGCUCAGGAAUGGAAGAAGUUAUUCAAGCCAUGUGCUGCCCAGCGCCUCUUUCUUCCGGUGAUUUUGAAGGAUGUGGAUUCGCUGCUUUACGUGGACACUGACGUGCUGUUCCUGAGGCCCAUCGAUGACAUCUGGCAGCUCCUGAGGCAGUUCAACUCCACCCAGCUGGCUGCCAUGGCCCCCGAGCACGAGAUGCCCAAGAUUGGCUGGUACAGCCGCUUCGCCCGGCACCCCUACUACGGCAGCACCGGCCUCAACUCCGGCGUGAUGCUGAUGAACCUGACGCGCAUCCGCAGCACGCACUUCAAGAACAGCUUGAUACCAGGUGGCUUGACUUGGGAGGAAAUGUUAUAUCCAUUGUACCAAAAGUACAAAAAUUACAUCACAUGGGGAGACCAGGAUCUGCUAAAUAUCAUUUUUUACUUUAACCCAGAGUGUCUGUACGUGUUCCCCUGCCAGUGGAACUACCGGCCUGACCACUGCAUGUACGGCAGCAACUGCAGGGGGGCGGAGGAGGAGGGCGUCUCCAUCCUGCACGGCAACAGAGGUGUCUACCACGACGACAAGCAGCCCACCUUCAAGGCCCUCUACGAGGUGAUCCGGGAUUUUCCAUUUGAAGACAAUCUCUUCCAGUCCUUGUACUACCCUCUGCAGUCGAGGUUUCUGGAUACAGUGCACACUUUAUGUGGGAGAAUUCCACAAGUAUUUUUGAAGCAAAUAGAGAAAACAAUGAAGAAGGUGUAUGAAAAUCGUGUCAUUGUGUACUUGGGGGCCAACCACAAAUACUAACUGUAGCUCUCUUACACAGAAGUUUUAAGUCAUGUACUCCAUUUCAUGAAGGAUAUAAAUGAAGAAUAUGAACUCUUUUACUGAAACUCAGAAUUAAAAUAUUUCUUUUUCCAAUUUUCUAAUAACCCUUGAAAUUACAAAAAGCAGGAAAUCCUAGAAGCCUACUGGGAUUGUUGCUGAGAACAGCAGGAGAAUCCUUUCUUUGUGGAGUACAGUUGUGGCCUGCCUCCCCAGUCCCUUACAGUUUAAGAAUGUAUUCUCUGGCUUGGUAAUGUGAAUUGCAAGAGGCACAGUCCAAGACUAUUGUCAGUGAAGAGUACAAACCCAGGUACUGUUGAUCCAUCUUCUUUAAGUGCUAUUCUCUGCACAGUAAAGGCAGUUUUCACUGCCAGACAGUUUUCCAUCCCUGCCUUGGGAGAUGGCCAGUGCUGCCCCUGACUCCCCUCUCCUGCAUGGAAAUGUAUUUCUGCCUGGCACUUCCAUUUCUGGGACCACAGAAUUCUAGAAUGGUUUGGGUUGCAAGGGACCAUCAGGGAUAUCUUGUUCCACACCCUGCCAUGGGCAGGGACACCUUCCACUAGAUCAGGUUACUCCAGCCCUGUCCAACCUGGCCUUGGACACUUCCAGGGAUGGGGAGGUUGAGAGCUUUAUGCUGGAAUCAAAAUGAAUAGCCUCAAAGUGGAAGAGGAUACAAAAUGGCUUUGAUGUUUAUUGAAAAUACUUCAUUUAGCUUAAAUUUCCAAGGUAUGAUCAUCAUCUUGUGAUAAGCACAAAGAGCUUAUUUAAAUUGCAGCAGCUGAAAGAUGCUUGGGACCAUUCCCUGGGGAACUGGAAGUGAGGAUACUCCUGCAGAGCAGCUAUCCAAGAGCAGACUCACUCCCAAAGAGCAGUGAUCCAAGAGCAGACUCCCAGAGGGCAUUUUCUAGGUGUAAGCCCCAUGGGUGUGUGUAGGAGUGCUUCAAGGAAGCAGCAGAGAAAAUGAUGUUACUUUUCAAGUCUGUUGAGCAGAAAACAUCAGCCAUUACUUGGAACUGCUCAUUUUUGUAUCUAACAGGCAAACUAGGAGCUGGGUGAGAUAAUAGAGCCUUCCCCUAAUGAAAAGAAAACUGGCACAGAUGGGAUAUCCUGUUCAUGUACCAUACAUUGUUAUAGAGAACUCUGGAUGAGGGAAAGGAUAUAUUCCCGAAGUUUCUGGAGAAUUCUGAGGAAUUGCAGUUUUGGGCAUUCUCCCCUAUCCAGUCAGGAUUUCAUAUGAAAACAGCAGGAGUCUCCCUUUUGUCUCACCCAUUUCUCUCUCCUCGUGUGGUAGUUCCUGAAAGGAGGGAAAACAUGACCUUGGUGCUAUCCCAGGCUGUCAAAUAAGAGCCUGUGCACGGGAUGGAGUCCCAAGAAGGUUUUCCCAAGCCCUGGAGUGUGAGAGUGUGUGUGACACAGCCUGGCAGAGAGCAGGGCUGCAGGCAGCUGGGCAGGGCAGCAGUGGGACAGGGCCUUGGAGUAAGGGACAGCAGAACUGCAGGACCUCGCAGAAGUGACAGGAACAGAAACCUUGUUUGCACCUCUGCUGCAAGUCGUAAUCACAGUUUGGUUAAACAAUGUGCUCUGACUCCAGCCCUUAUCUCACAGUGUUUGCCACCGGAGUGUAAAUUGACUUGUGAAGGACAGAGGCAGCUAACUCGACUGUUGUGAUUGAAAGCCUGGGAGCCAGAAAGUCAUUUAAACUUGAGCAGAGAUGCCUUUCCAACUUGCCUUAGGAUUUUCUAUUUCAGUUGCCAAUUUUUAAGCAAGAGUACACUUCUACCUACUGAGAGAAGUUUGAAAUGUAACCCAAAUGGUCAUUGAAGAUUUCAGAACCAGAAGGCAGAGAAAAGAAGGUAAAGCUGCUGAUUGAAAAAGUCUAAAAUAAUGUAUGACAGGUAAACCUUUAGGCCAGCAAUUCUGAGAGCUUGUGUAAAGUAUUAGCUUGCUUUUGGUCUUUAUUUUCAAGUGUCAGGGUAAAGCUGACACAGGUCUAAGGAGGCUGGUGGAGCUGCAUGCUGGGCAGGCUGAAUUCCUGAUUUCCAUGGUGUCUCCAAGGCACAGAGAGCUGCACAGCACAGUCGUGCUGCCCAGACAGUUGCAGCCCCAGUGCUGAGGCUCUGGAGUUUGGGAGGCUGAGGUUGUGUAAGCUGUGAUUCAGCACAGAGAACCCUGCAACCACAGGCACAUUCAAAUGAAGGAGUGGAAUUCAUUACAAAACAAAGGCAUUAUUGCAUAUGAACUGAUAAGAGAUUAAAGCAGUGCUUUUUAUGUUCGCAGGAGGUGCUACAUUUUGUUUAGGAAGAACUGAGUUGUGUUCUCCACAGCUAUUAAAUAUAUGAAGUACUUGCUUUAACAUGAAGACUCUUGUUAAUGUAAUAUCAGCUGGCGGGAAGAAUGGGGGAGGUUCCCCCCUGCUGGGCUUUUUCUGAGGAAAAAAGCAAUAAUUGGAGCUCUCCAAAGUGUUUUAAAACAAUUACAUAACUUUGUUUUUUGUUGUUGUUAGAAUUAUUAAUUUAUAUUUCACUACAGCUUCCAAACCCAUGUUAUAUUUUAUUUUUAACAGUAGUUGAUUGUAAUAUUCAUCUUACUUAGAAACCAGUUUUAAUUCAUUUUGUAUUUCAUACUUGUGGCUAAUUCCAUGUUAAUUAGCCUUCAUUUAUCUUAGUAAUGGGAUGUGUAAAUACUUACAAAGACUUUAUGUCCUCAUUUCCCCUUCCUCUCCUGUGUUUUAGUUAUUUCAGUGGUAUAAUGGAUAGAGCUCACCAGCAUUUUGCUUACAGGGGAAACUGGAAACUGCUCAGUGUGUGUGUGUGUGCACAGCACGAGCACGUGUGUAAAAAAUGUCCCUUUUCUCUGUCCCUGAAUUGCUUGUGGAUUUUUCUUUGACAAGUGCACUGAUUGUUACAGCUCCCAAGGAGGCUGAGCAGUGCAUUUCUGAGUUGAGGAUGAUCCCUUGGCUUACAAUACAAAUAAAUGGAAUUUUAAGCAA